AUGGAUAUAUUUCUUAGGGUUCCAUAUAUGAAACGAUGGCAUGGUGUUUCCAGGUCAGGAACACAUCUUGGAGCAUUUGAUUUCCCUCGAAUGGAAAACUGUGACAAACUUGUUGAAGCAAUGGAAGGAAUUAAGAUCGAAAAUGUUGAGCAGACCCCCGAUGCUCCAUUGCCGAUGUUACCAUCCAGCGGAAGUGGCAAAGCUGACCAUGAGAUGGCUCCUGCUGAUCAGAUUGAUCAAUCCAAGACUGGAAAACAUGUUCCUGAUCAGGUUCGUCAGGGUGAAGGACGAGGGCUUGGUAAUAACGUGGACCCUAAGAAGCUCAAAAGAAUUACUGCAGGCCGUGAAUAUUCACUAAGGUAUCGACUCAAACAGCAGCAACACACUGCACAGCUGGAAACAGACGUAAGAAGUCUCCAGAUCGAAUCUAAAAGAGUCGAAUGA